AUGGACGCUUUCUAUCUUCUUUCUCGUGGCGGCGUCCAUUUCGACAAAACGCGGUUCAAAAAGGAUGUUCAGCUAUUCGAUUCCAAGCCUCCUGAGGCAUCUAAACCACUGGAUGGACUGCAACCUGGAGAACUGCCGCAAGAGCUUGACUUCUUCAAGUAUGCGCAGAAGAACCCGGAUGAUUCUGCGAAGCAGAAAGGGAAAGGGAAGAGGAAGGAACGUAAUCAGUCUUUAACACAGUCCUCAGCGGAAGAAAAACAUGAAUCGACCUCGAAUCCCAAGAAGAGGAAAGCAGAUGAUUUGGAUGAGGAUAGAAUUAAAGCAAUGGCACAGCAGGAUAUUUCGACAACUGGAGUAGAUGUGCCCCCACGGAUAACCGAAUUCUCGGAUUUGGCAGAACGUUACUCUGUCCCUGCCCAGCUGCUGAAAAAUUUGGCCGAAUACGGCUUCGAAGUCCCGACUGCGAUCCAGUCUCAGGGGAUACCCAUACUUCUCGAGCAGAGAGACAUGGCGGCUAUAUCUCCAACCGGUACUGGGAAAACUCUAGCUUUUCUUCUCCCAAUUUUCUCAAAGCUGGAAAUGCCAUCCUCGUCUAAGACUGCGAAACCUGAAGUUGUCGGCGUUGGGAUACGGGCGAUAGUGUUAGCCCCCACGCGGGAACUGGCAAGUCAGAUUUACAAUGAGGCUCUUAAAUUAGCUCGGGGAAGGAAAUGGCGGAUGGUGUUAUUCAAUGGGGGUGUUAUCUCUCAGAAAGAGGCUAGAGAUAAAACUGACAUCAUGAUAAGUACGCCGAUGCGUCUCGUGGCAGCCAUACAGGAAGGGACAAUUGAACUUGAUAACGUCCGAUAUCUAAUAUUCGAUGAGGCUGACAGAUUACUGGAAGGGAACUUCCGAACUCAAGUUGAAGAGAUCAUGCGCGCUUGCUCGCACCCGCUAUUGAAGAAAGCACUGUUCAGUGCAACGCUACCUGAGGGCGUGGAGAAGCUAGCCCGGAGUUUCCUCUUUGAUCCUAUUCGAGUUAUUGUGGGCACAAAAGAUUCCGCUCCUCUCAGCAUCAAGCAAUCCCUCGUUUAUGUGGGAAAUGAAGCAGGGAAAUUAGCAACUCUCCUUCAACUCCUUGCCAACGCCCCCCCUGUCCCUCUUCUAGUCUUCGUACAGUCCCGGGAGCGAGCUGCUGAACUUCACCAGGAGUUGGUGUAUGAUGAGGUGUCCGUCGACAGCUUACAUGCGGACCUAACGCCGAAGCAGCGGGAAGAAAGUUUUCAGAGACUAAGGGAGGGGAAAACAUGGGUAAUGAUUAGUACGGAAGUGAUGGCGAGAGGUAUGGAUUUUGGAGGAAUACGGGCGGUCUUAAAUUAUGAUUUCCCUCAAAGCGUUCAGAGCUAUAUUCAUCGGAUCGGUCGAACUGGACGAGCUGGACGCGAAGGUGAUGCAAUAACAUAUUUUACCCUCGACGACGCUCCGUACCUCAAGUCCAUUGCGAACGUCAUAUCGGCGUCUGGGUGGACCAUUCCGGAAUGGAUAUCAAAACUACCUAGUCCCUCCACUUUAAAGAGAAGGCUCUUAAAGCGCGCCCCGAUAAAGCGAGAGCCCAUCCGGGUCUCUUCAGGAAGAACUGUUUUCCUAGACGAGGAGCGAAAGGCGAGGGCGGCGACGAGGGGGGUGAUGACAGCGGGGAACAAGAGACGAAAGCUCGGCAAGGCAGAAAAGACGAAGAGAAAGACGCCAAAUCCCCAAGGAAAUAGGAAGGACGGGGCACCAAAGGCCGUCCAGAAGGUAGACAUAAAUGAGGAUGAUUAGAUUAAGAUACAUUUAGUUUGCUUUCUGUAAUUAUCGGGCAUGUCAAAAGGACACGGGUUUCGGUACGAAACGAUCGACGACGACUCAGUCCCACCGGUUCCAGGAGUCAUGUCUUGGAAGAGGGUGGCGGAGAUGUCAUUUUCCAAGAUUCCCACUUCACUGGCACCACCCUCCCAUCAGUCG